ACACACACACACACACAGCUAGCCAGCCACAUUUUCUCAGGCAGCUCGGCAGACGGACAGCAGCAGACGGUGAGUAUAGAGAGGGAGCGAGACAGACAGAGCGCACGGCAGGAGAAAGAGGGGCUCGGACAUCCACCGAGGAGCGGAAGAGGAGUAGCCUACUACACCAGGAUUUAUCCCUUUCCUUUUCAUCUUUUUACCCUGUGAGUGGAGUAGACUAGGAACUGAAUCCCUGUGAUCUCCCCCUGGCUUGAGUUAAACCUGCUCCGCUGCCAAAGGACCUGCUACUUAUUUCCCUCUGCAUUAGUCCUCAGUAUGGCAGCCACGGUGGGACACCGGGGCGAAAUGUCCCAGACGAUGGCGACUUGUUUUGCCCACUGGCGUCUCACCCUGUGCGCUAUGUUGACCUGCUUCGGCGGCGGCGCGGUGUGGGGCUUUAACCUGGAGACCGCGCACACGCUGCACAAGUUGGGGGACCGCGGCACCUUCUUUGGCUUCUCACUGGCUCUCCACGAGCAACUUACCCCCGAGCCGCAGAGCUGGAUCCUGGUGGGGGCCCCACGGGCCGCGGGCCAGGGGGCCCAGCAGGGCACGCGUCCCGGGGCACUGUUCAGGUGUCCCAUCACGCCAGAGGAGUACGACUGUGAGCGAGUGGACAUCGACGGAGAUGUGAGUCUGGACAGAGAAAGCAAGGACAACCAGUGGCUGGGAGUCACAGUGAAGAGCCAGGGCAUUGGAGGGAAGGUGGUGACCUGCGCCCACCUGUACGAGCUACGGCAGCGGGUGAACCAGCCGUCGGAGACGCGCGACCCCAUUGGCCGCUGUUACGUGCUGAGCGAGGACCUGACGGAGAGGGACGACCUGGACGGGGGCGAGUGGAAGUUCUGCGAGGGCCGGCCCCAGGGACACGAGCAGUUUGGCUUCUGUCAGCAGGGGCUGUCGGUCAGCUUCACCCCCGACAACAACUACAUCCUGUUUGGGGCCCCGGGGACUUACAACUGGAAAGGCGAGAUGCGAGUCCAGCUCAUCAACCAGAGUCUGCUGGAUGUGGGUUUCUAUGACGACGGGCCCUAUGAGGUGGCCGAUCAGAGACAGCUGAACGCGCGGCUGAUCCCUCUGCCUUACCAUAGUUACCUGGGCUUCUCGGUGGACUCCGCCAUGGGCAUCAUGAGCCUUGGUGAGUUGACCUUCGUGGCGGGCGCUCCCAGGGCCAACCACACGGGGGCGGUGGUGCUGCUGCGGAAGGACAACGUGUACCGCCUGGUGCCGCAGCACAUCUUCUGGGGGGAGGAGCUGGCCUCGUCCUUCGGCUACUCGGUGGCCACCACCGACCUCAACAGGGACGGCUGGACAGACCUGAUUGUGGGCGCCCCCAACUUCUUUGACCGCAAGGCGGAGAUCGGCGGGGCCGUGUACGUGUACCUGAACCCCUUCGGCCACUGGGACGACCAGGCCCGGCCCAUACGCCUCAACGGCACCUACGACUCCAUGUUCGGCAUGACGGUCAGCAGCAUCGGGGACCUGGACCAGGACGGAUACGGAGACAUCGCGGUUGGAGCGCCGUUCGAUGGCGACGGCAAGGUGUUUAUCUACAGAGGGUCCGAUGCGGGCAUAGAAACGAAGCCAGCACAGGUCUUGGACGGGCGGGACUUUGACGUGAGGCGCUUCGGCUACUCCAUCUCUGGCGGCCUGGACGUGGAUAAGAACCAGUACCCGGACCUGGCUGUGGGUUCUCUCAACGACUCGGUGGUUCUCUUCAGAUCCCGUCCGGUCAUCCACGUGGUCAGGGACCUUUCUAUAGAGCCUCAGAACGUCGAUCUGGAGCAACGCAACUGUCAGGGCAGGGAUGGAGUCUGCGUGGAGGUGAAGGCAUGCUUCACCUUUACAGCCCACCCAGAACACUACUCUCCACACAUCACUCUGGUGGUCCACUUUGAAGCUGACGCCGAGCGCAGGAAGCUGGGCCUGCCCCACCGCGUUAACUUCCUGGGUCGCAGCUCGCUGAUGCCGGAGUACACUCAGACAGAGGAGGUGGAGCUGCACAGACAGAGGCACCCUGUGUGCACCAGCGCUGUGUUCCAGCUGCACGAGAACCUGGGGGACAAGCUGCGGCCCAUCUCCCUGGCCAUCACACACACCAUCAAGCCCGUCCCGCCACGCAGGCACUCGGGCUCCAAGCGGCUGGAGAAGCUGGCUCCCAUCCUGAACGUGUGGCCCUCCAACACCCUGCACUCUGAGGUUAACUUCUUGCGGGAGGGCUGUGGCGAUGACAAGAUCUGCCAGAGCAACCUGAAGCUGAGCUACCAGUUUGGAACACGACCUCUGAACUCUGACCUCUUCACCCCUCUGCCAAAAGACGAUGAGGGGGUGCAGGUGUUCUCCAUGACGGACCAGCGAUCGGUGGUCCUGGAGAUUACCAUCACCAACUCCCCCUCGGACCCCCAGGACCCCGACGAGGACGGAGACGACGCGCACGCCGCCCAGCUGCUCAUCUCCCUGCCCCCCACCCUCUCCUACAUGGGCUCCCGCAUCCCGGCACAGUCACAAGUACGAUGUGAGCUCAACCAAAAUGGCACCCAGACUGAGUGUGAGUUGGGGAACCCGGUCAAACGAGACUCUACGAUAAAAUUCUCCAUCAUUUUAGGAACUUCCAAUAUCACCAUAGAGACAACCGAGCUCAAAGUUGAUCUCCUUUUAAAAACAAUCAGUGAGCAACCAGACCUGGCGCCAGUCAAAGCGCUUGCUAAAAUGGUGAUAGAGCUCCCCCUGUUGGUCAGUGUGGUGGCCCGUCCCCACCAGCUGUUCUUCAGCGGGGCCGUGAGGGGCGAGAGUGCCAUGUCCACGCUGGACGACGUGGGGAGCCCUGUGGAUUUUGAGUUCACGGUAUCCAAUCCAGGCCAAGAGGUGCAGACGCUGGGGUCAGCCUUCCUCAACAUCUUGUGGCCGUAUGAGUUGGCCAAUGGAAAGUGGCUCCUGUAUCCUGCCAGCCUGAAGUUCGAGAACCACCCGGACAUACGCUGCACCUCGUCAGAGGAUCUCAACCCGCUGAAACUCUCCCACAGCAAGGAUGUAGAAGAGGCCCUGCAGUCCAAACAUCUGAGGGCGGGGAGGAAGAGCCGGUCUCACCCUGAAGACGAGGGUCAUGGGGGCCAGGUGAUGACGAAGGGCAACGCGGGACGGACCACCCCGGCGGUGGCUGCCUCAGAGCGACGAAAGUCCCUCAAACUGGACUGUCUGUUGGGUUCUGCACGAUGUGUGCUCUUCCGGUGCCCCCUUUAUAGUCUGGCCAGUCAGGCUGUCCUCAAAAUACACGCCAGGCUAUGGAACAGCACGUUCAUAGAGGAGUUCCCAUCCAUCAGUGCUCUGGAGCUGGUGAUCCGGGCCAACGUCACGGUGAAGUCCACCAUCAAACACCUGCUCCUCAGGGAUGCUGCUGCUCAGGUUCCAGUGAUGGUGUACCCAGAGCCCGGCCUGGCCGACCAGUACCAGAUUCCCUGGUGGAUCAUCCUCAUUGCCGUGCUGGCAGGCAUCCUGCUGCUCACCCUGCUGGUCUGCCUCCUGUGGAAGUGUGGCUUUUUCCAGCGGGCCCAGUACAAAGACAAGGUGCCCCAGUAUCACGCGGUGAAGAUCCCUCGCCAGGACCGACCUCAGUUCUCCACUGAGAAGCCGGGGCCCAUCCAGAAGAAGGAAUGGAGCACCCACUGGAGCGAUAGCGCCUCCUAGCUGACCCUGUGUGCACUGCACCCCACACUCACCCCUGGUUGAGCUGCUGCUGACGUCCCCUCAAGACAACGAUCGACUUGUAAAGUGAACGGGGACCCGAUGUCAUCACCAACUGACUCUGCUCAUCGUACUGUAGCAAUAUUAAUGGAUUCAAUGUGCGUUAUUUCGUGAGCUGGUCUUUCUAUCUUCUGCCUUCUUCCUGCA